GACUCUAAGCAACCAAAGUAGCACGGGAAGUAGAAGGCUACUUCAUAUUCUAUUUUUCUUACUACUUCGCAGCGUUUUGAAUCGCUUGGGAGAACCUUAGACUAGGGGUCUCCAAAUUACGGUCUGUUAUAUACACCUCGUACACACCGUGCGUAUCCAACCACGAUGUGUAAACCGCUUGUUUGUUUGACGCGCGGCGACAGAUAUGGAAACGAAGGAAGAAGAAAAUAGAAAGAGGAAUUGGCGGCACGCUCUCUCGCGUACGAACAACCAAAUAGAGUGGUCGAGUUUCAUUGAAUAUAUCCGAAAGAUAUAACAAAGUGGCCACGAGGAACGGAGUAAAAACCCGCAGUAUGGCGAAUGACGAGGAACCUCGACCGACUACAAGUGCUGCAAAUGCUACAAAUAGCAACAAUACUGCUGAGGCCCCCCGCACCAUCACUCAUGCAAAUUUCGCAUUCGACGCUUUUGAUAAGGCAAAGUGUAAAUGAAGUCGAUGGGUGGAAAGAAUCGAAACAGCGUUUGAGAUAUACGUUAUAAAGGACGUAGGGGUCAAGCGAAAUAUUCUUCUUCAUGACAUGGGAGGUGAAGAAUACGAUGUGCUGUGCAAUAAAAUAACUCCGAAACGACCACAGGAAUGUGAGUACAAAGAGGUGAUUGCUACGCUGGAAGAAUAUUUCCGGAACCAUUGGAAUUAGCGAAAAUUUCAGGUUCAAGUGCCGACGCCAAGGUGACAAAGAUGCCCAUUCAGCAGAAGAAAGUGUGGACGAAUAUUUAGUGGCAUUGCGAAAAAUUGCCACAACAUGCAAUUUCGGGCAGUAUUUGUCAACCGCAUUGCGAAACCAAUUGGUAUUUGGUUUGAAGAGAAACGAUAUCCGUAAUCGUUUGCUUGAAAAGCGGAACCUUACGUUAGAGGAAGCGAGAGACAUAGCUGUUGACAUGGAGCUAUAAAAAAAGCAGUGCUGAAAUAGAAAAUGGUAGUCCAUCACAAGAUGUACAAGUAGUUCAAAAGCGUAAACAUAACCACAAAGAAGUAAAAGCAAACAAAAGCUUGCAAAAGAACGUAACCUGUUAUCGAUGCGGUGAUGCAAAACAUGUGGCAAACAAAUGCAAGCAUAUCAAUACGAUUUGCAACUUCUGUCGGAAGAAAGGGCAUUUAUCAAAAGUUUGCAUGAAAAAGCAAAGCCAAAACGAAGUGUGCACGGUAAUUUCGUUAAACAAUAUCGUUCCGAAAUGGUGGAUAGAUCUUACCGUAAAUAACAUUACAAUGCGUAUCGAAGUGGAUACAGGAUCACCGCUAACCAUUAUUGGAAAACAAUGCUACGAGAAAUAUUUCAAACACAAACCUCUUCAAAAAUGCAAUGUCGAACUCGUGAGUUACACAAACAAUGCAAUCGAAGUGCUUGGCACAAUGAAAGUAAAAGUUGAUAAGGAAAUGCUUCCGCUCUAUGUGGUGAAUCUCAUGAAACGACCAUUACUUGGUAGAGAAUGGUUAAAUGCGGUGCCUGAUUGGAAUAAUCUGUUACAGAAGUACGCCGACGUUUUCGAUCCAAAUUUAGGCAAAAUAUCGGGAGUACAAGCACAGCUGACCCUCAAAGAUAACGCACAGUCAAUCUUCUUGAAAGCACGACGUGUUCCGUUCAAUAAGAACUGACCUUACAAGACGUGCAUACAGCGAGAACGACCCAAUGACAGCGAUGGCCCGUAAAUUUAAUCAGCGUUAAGAUUCUGUUGAUCCGUCUUGUCAUUGUACACUGCGUUUAGUCUGCUCUUUGUGUUAGUUAUUUAAGUUCUAGUUUUAAUUCAGUGAUACAGGGUAUCCCACGAUUUAUUAGUCGGUCCCCAUCAAUUUUUGGUGGGUUCCCAUAUUUUUUUGGUGCGGCCCCACGAUUUUUUGGUCGUCUCCC